AUGGGGGCCCGUGAAAGAGCGAAAGGUCGCGCCGCCAGGAAGGGCGGUGGCAAAGAUCCAUCAUGGUCUUCGAAGCAGUCCAAGACUACGCAGAGCGAUUACAAGACCCGCAGCGUCCAGGAAUGGCAGAGCUUCGCCUCUACUCCUUACUCAUCGUCACCACGCAAUGGUUUUAGCAUGGCUCAAGAAGCAAGAAAUACAGAACGUCAUGGUCUCACCUGGGGCAACGCUCGCUUGAGAGAUAAUGCCGUCUCCUUCGUCAGCGCAGGCAAUCUUGUGCGCGAGGAUCCUCAAUCAUCCCGUUCAGAGUCACCUCGACCGGAGCAAUCAGAGCCUCAGACGCCUGAAGAGCCAACAACUGCUGGUGUGCCAGCUGAUGAUUUAUCUGUCCAGGAAUUGGUCGGUGUUCACGAAGAAGGCCUGCAAGAACUCCAUGCCAACGGAACACACGCCGAUCAACCUUUGCCACAGGAUCAAAAAGACUCGUCCGCCUCUGACUCAGAUGAAGUGAUCUUCCAGGGCCGCAACACCUCUGCCAAGCUCCUCAGCAAGCCAAACAGUCCGCCUAGACAGUCUGAAGCUCAACCCUUGCGUGUCCCUGUUGAGGCGCAUCACCUAGCCACGAAUGGAAGAACCCCUCACUCAGAAUCCUUGUCUGACGAGCCCAACCAUGAUUUACACCCUGAGGCCAUCUCUGCACGGCCUCGGAGACGGUGGGAGUCACGCCAUGAACGUCGGCGGAGAGAGGAAGAGGAGGAGGAAGAGGCAAUCAUGCGAGACUACAUAGACAAUAUGGCUCUUGACGAAAAGGACGAUGACGACGAGGAUGAGGAUGAGGCACCUACGCAGAAAGCCAAACCUCAUCGACGCAACGAGCAUUUUCGCUACCACAAGGGCUCUGGCGAACAGCAUGCGAAAGUCAAACUCUUGUCCGUGCAGAAGACGGCGAAGACAAGCAUCCUCCCAGACGAGACGGAUGACUGGGAGUCUGCGGAUCUCGACGAUCUCAACGACCUCAGCACUACCGACGAAGACGUUCCUGAGGUUGGGCGGGUGCUGAGACACCGUGAACGUUCUCAGGGCAAGCAGUAUCUGGUCACUGCCGUUGGUAUGGAAGUCAGCGAUGCCAAGUGGGUGUCUCACUCAAAGCUAGUCUCUACCACGGCCACCGAACAAAUCGAGAUCUAUGAGGGGCUGUUCCAGAGCAAACUCCAAGGUUCCAUCGAGGUUUCGAGUAGUGAGGACGAGGAACUGGAAGAUCUGAUCGAUGAUAUUGGCUCCGAGCAAGAUGAGAAUGAGCGCAUCAUACAACAAACAUCACGGAUGUCUGAUGAGCAGAUCGCUCGCGCGUUGGCCAAGCAAGAAGAGCUCGGAAUGGGAGGUGACCAUCUGAUGCUCUUUGACGGAAAGGAGGCGGAAGAUAUGGAUGACGAUGAUGAAGAUGAUAUGAACCUCGACGAGUUCAUGAAUGGCGACGAUUUCAUACCUUUCUCGUUGUCGAAGCACACAUCCAAUCGUGGGAGGAGUAAGCGGAACAACCGGGGCCGAGCCAAUUUCCCAUCCGCCAGCGCCUUCGCCGAUGCACUUGAUCAAGACCCGUACGGCGGCUUCGACAUCAUGGAUUUCGACCGCCCCAGUCUACGCCCGAAGCGUAAGGGUCGGAAGUCCGAUUAUCCUUACGAUCUCGAAGACCUGGAUGAAGAGCUUGCCGAACAGCUUAUGAACACGUGGACCAAAGAUCGUGAGAAGAAGGCAGCUAGAAAGCGGGAGAAGAUGGAAGCGCAACAGGCUCUGCAGCUUGACUCGGCCGAGGGCAGUGAUCCCGCCGUCAUCAAGGCUCGGAUCCGGCAGUUCUUGGUCAGUGAGGCCGACACUCUCGAGAUGACUCCCAUGGAUGCUCCUUUGCGCGCUUCGGUGCAUCGUCUGGCUAAAUCCUUGAGCAUGAACUCGAAAUCGCACGGCAAGGACGGCAAGGGUCUCGGCAGGUAUCCGGUCCUGACCAAGACUCCGUAUACGCCCCAGUACACUGUCGACAACAUCUGGGAGGUCGAUGCGCUGAUGAACUUGAGGAAGUUCUUCCCGAAAAACUUGUACAGAAGCUACAAGUCUACCCGUCCCUCGGGUGCUACGCCUCGCCGAAACGACCGCGGCGGGGUUGCAGCAGCUUCGUAUGCCAAUGGAGAAGUCGUUGGUGCAGCAGCUCCUGAGAUUGGCCAGGACAACAGGGGCCGAGCUAUGCUUGAAAAGAUGGGAUGGUCCGUGGGUAUGGGCAUUGGUAAGGAGGGCAAUAAGGGCAGCGUUGACUCCAUCAAGCACGUGGUCAAGACCAACAAGGCCGGUUUGGGUUAA